GCAGGUUGUGAGGGCGCUUUCUGCAGCAGCAGCAGCAGCAGCAGCAUGCAUGCAUGUCCAUAGACGUCAUUUGAUUUUAAUGGCCUGCAGGAAAUUUGCCGUUACAACUCCAGACAUUAAGGCGAGGGAGAGGAAGGGAGAGCGGGCACACGGGGGGAAAUCGCCGCGUGAAAGAUAUUGGUUUAAGGACAUCUCUUCGUUUCCAACAUAUUUUUCUACCGAGACUUUAUCAACAAGUUACUGCGAUUUUAUUCUAUGUUGACCGAGUGGAGGACUAUGGCAGCCCACUUGGCUUUAAACUUUAAAUAUAGUCUGGAGAUGGAAAUGUAUGCCUGCUAGCUGGAACUGCCUGGGGAAUUAUUACAUCAGACGAAAUGACAAUGAUUAAAAUCUGCUUUUUGCUGCUCUAAAUCUAUUGAGCGACUGACGGUUGCCUGCGAGGUCUCGUGCCCCCCCUCUAAAUCACAACUUCACACCGUUAAGGGGAACGGUCUACUUUUUGCCGAAAAAUAACAUAAGUUGUUAUAUCUGUGCAGUCAUAAUUUGGAGAAUAGGGGUUCCACGUUUUCUUCCUUGAGAAAAUUGCCUGGGCGAGAGAGUGGAGUUGAGCUAAUUGUAGCCUAAUCCCUGGCCCAGAGGCGCUCGGGCAGCCCGGAGCAAGAAUUUUCUUUUUUAGCUCUGCUCUGUUAUUUAGAGACGGAUUAUUGGCUUUCUUCUUCUCAUAACAAACCACAGGGGCAGUUUCGUUUAGGCAAAAAGGCAGCCGAGAAGCUGAAAUACGGCGCCGGGUCCCCGCAAGAGCGCACAUUUUUACGCGUAUCCAAAUAAGAGCGGAGAAGGGGAAGGAGAUCGUCUCAUCUAUGUUCAAGGAGGGUAGAAGUAUGUCGCGGCUGUCUCUGACCCGGUCCCCGGUCUCUCCUCUGGCCGCUCAGGGGAUCCCUCUGCCGGCUCAGCUGACCAAGGCAAACGCCCCGGUCCACAUCGACGUCGGGGGACACAUGUACACGAGCAGCCUGGCGACUCUCACCAAGUACCCAGACUCACGAAUCAGUCGUCUGUUCAAUGGCACCGAGCCCAUCGUGUUGGACAGCUUGAAGCAGCACUACUUCAUAGAUCGGGACGGCGAGAUAUUCCGCUACAUUCUCAGUUUCCUCAGGACCAGCAAAUUGCUCCUUCCAGAUGACUUCAAGGACUUCCACCUGCUGUACGAGGAGGCGCGCUACUACCAGCUCACGCCCAUGAUCAAGGAGCUGGAGCGCUGGAAGCAGGAGCGGGAGCAGCGGCGGAUGGCGCAGCCGUGCGACUGCCUGGUGGUGCGCGUCACGCCCGACCUGGGCGAGCGCAUCGCCCUCAGCGGCGAGAAGGUCCUCAUCGAGGAGAUCUUCCCCGAGACGGGGGACGUCAUGUGCAACUCGGUCAACGCCGGCUGGAACCAGGACCCCACGCACGUCAUCCGCUUCCCCCUCAAUGGCUACUGCAGGCUCAACUCCGUCCAGGUUCUUGAGCGUCUUUUCCAGAAAGGCUUCAGCGUAGCGGCGUCCUGCGGCGGCGGCGUGGACUCGUCCCAGUUCAGCGAGUACGUGUUGUGUCGCGAGGACCGGCGGAGUCUCUCCAUCAACACCCCAAUCAGGAUAAAGCAGGAGCCCCUGGACUAGAGCGUUCUGGGAGAGGGACAGACAACCAACAAAACCAACCCACCCCCCCCACGACACCCUCUCCAUCCUCUAACACCCCCCGACCCCGAACAGGAACCCCACCCCCACCCCCAGCUCCAGCCCCGCCAGCUUACCAAGUAUUAGCAGAGGCUCGCCGGCCCUGCAGAACUCCAAGGGGAAUGUAGUACCACACACAGGAAAAGAGGCAUCAGCAACGAAAGCGUUUGAUUAUGUUAAAAGUGCCCGAAGAAUCUGGGGCCGUGAUGAAAACGACGACAAACGGACACAACAGCAGCUCGCGUGAAGCAUUUUAGCACCAUGGCUUUUUUUGAUUUCCCCCCAUCUUCCUAAAAAAAAAAAAAAAAAAAAAAAAAAAAACACGUUUUAAAUCUUUUGGAGAGACUCAACUGCCCCCAUCUAUUAGACACACACACACACACACACACACACACACACACACACACACACACACACACACACCCUGGCUGCUGUAGAGGCCGGCCUGAUGUCGGACGUGGAGGACACAUUUAAGGAUGACAGGAAGAAGAAUAAUCCACGACUGCAAAUCCUUCAAGAAGCCCCAGACCCCCAGACUCCCCCCCCCCCCCCCCCCCCCCCCCCCCCCCCCCCCCCCGGGCCUGGUUACAGACGCCAGUGCCUUGCCGGAAAACAGCACCAUUUGCCAAACUGAUUGUUUAUUACAAUUUUUCAUUGUUGUUUCUAAAGUAUGUUGUUCUUGCUCCUUUUUGCUGUUCUUAUCAUGACAUGGUGUAAACAAUUAUUAUUAAUAGGAUUAUUUUUAUGUCUCUUCUUUCCUUUCUCUAAUAUGAAGGAUGUAUAAACGUUGUAUUCAUUAGGCUUUGAGAGCUUGCGAGGGAGCGUUUCUUGGCAGUAGCUGCAGAAACUCAUGUGUCUGCAGGCUAUGUGGCUAAAGCGAUCUGGCUGGCAAUGCAUUCGGAGCCGGAAAAAGUCCCAUUGUUCAAAUGGUGAUGGAAGAGAACCUGGGUGUUUGAACAUUGUUCCCAGUCAAAUGUGCAGCACACAUUAACAGGCGCUCCCUGGAAUCUUCUGCUCGUCGGCCCCCGGAACGCGCGUCGGGCCUGUGAUCGGGUUGGACGUUUGUUCCAAACUCGCAGGAUCCCGGGAAGUUUGAAAAUCAGCUACAAGUUGCACGAGCUGUGGUGCGUUGCAGCGUCGUUGAGCUGGAAUGUUGAAGACUUGUGAAAACAACACGAAAAGCAAACAUUUACGGUUUCGUCUCCGGAUCGGAAAAAAAAGGAAAAAACCUAAAAGCUUAAUGAUUCAUUGCACUUAAUUAUUUCCUAGAGCUGUCCUGCCCCCACAGAUACUGAACUGAGCUCAGUGUUAAUUUUCUAGCCAUCCAACACCUUUGAACCACAGGUAAACUAGCCUUUAGGCACCAACAUGAGGGACCUGUUCUGUUGAUUGUACAAACGCGAUGACAUCAUCUGUUCUCACAGCUCACAGCUAAAGAAGAUGCUUCAUUCAUCACGCACUUGACGGGCUGUGGCAGUUUUGUUGAGAGACCACGUUUUUGGGGACAAAGUUCCAAUAUUGUCACUUGUAAAUCAAGAUGAUUUCAGCAGCGUUUAUCUCACGCAGGACCCAAAGUGAACUGUGCUCACAAAGAGGCGAGUGGGCGGCAUUUACCCUGUCCUGCGCUCAUUCUUUUGGUCUUAUUCUCAGCAUUUCUGGAUCAAAGACAGCAACAAGAAAGAAAGGCUUGUGUGUGUGUGUGUGUGUGUGUGUGUGUGUGUGUGUGUGUGUGUGUGUGUGUGUGUGUGUGUGUGUGUGUGUGUGUGUGUGUGUGUGUGUGUGUGUGUGUGUGUGUGUGUGUGUGUGUGUGUGUGUGUGUGUGUGUGUGUGUGUGUGUGUGUGUGUGUGUGUGUGUGUGUGUGUGUGUGUGUGUGUGUGUGUGUGUGUGUGUGUGUGUGUGUGUGUGUGUGUGUGUGUGUGUGUGUGUGUGUGUGUGUGUGUGUGUGUGUGAAAAACUUACAGAUGCUGUUUCUUCCAUUCCAAAAGCCUGAGAAAAAAAGCAGCUCAUUCUGAUCUUUGUGGGCGCUGGCAGAUGUUUGAGUUAAACUGGGGCUGCUUUUCUAAACUAGUUGGUUAUUAAAAACGAGCGGCGGCCCUCUUCGUGGACGGCCGCUGGUUAAACUAGGCCAAUGAGUGGACAAAGAUGAGCUCAGUGAGAGCGUGGCUCCCGGCCCCCGCACAGUCCUCCCUGGGGGUCCCUCGCACAGUCAGGCAAUGUUUGUUGUGACCGACCAGUGGCCCGCGCCUUUGCAUCCAAGUCGCCUCAAAGGGAAUGGUCAACCAGGCCUUUUAUGUGCCCCCCCCCCCCCCCCCCCCCCCCCCCCAAAGGCUCCAACUCAGCAGUGCCAGUAGAAACUCGGGUUGCACCCCCUGCUGCUGUGUCAUCCCCCCCCAUGCCCUGGUUUUCAAAAGCGCCCCCCCCAAGCCGGACCACGCCGCAACCAAGACAUGAUGAGUCAAGUCUCAGAACGCACUGUACGGAGAAGCCACUCCACUGUGCCGCCGCUCCCAAGACCCUCAAUCCGGUUGAAACGAGGCGCGGAGGCUCUAGUUCUAGAGGAAGCGGGCGUGAGAACGUCAAUGCCGAAGUCGCACAUCUGUAAGAAAGUCGCAUUUUGCAGGGGAGGAGGAGAAAAAGGCUCGUUUUCUUACUGAUGCGGCGUCUUCAGAUGUACAAAUGGGCGUUUUACAGCGACUCAAGCAAGGUUUUAUUUUGCAAUAAACAACCUCGGGACGUCAGUCGUCACGUUCACACACGCCGUGCUUUCCACAUGAAGUCAUGGUCAGUGCUCAGCCCCGUUGACGUGGCAUUCACUCCACCUGUGAGGCAGGUCAGUUGUACAGCUAUUGUAUAUUGAACUAUCAGGACUCUGGGUUUUGCAGAACCCUUGUGUUUUUAGGCGACCUUUCAGUCCUCGUCACGAAAAGAAUGAAAAGAAAUCAAAGCAUUACAUUGUGUACAUAUGGAUUAAACAUUUUGAAAGGUAUAAAAUGGUGCAAAUGUAUAUUAUUUAAAGUUGUAAAACAAUUAGACUGUGGUAUUAAAGGGCAUGUGUUCAUUUACAGUGUCUCCAUUCUUGCAUAUUUGCGAUAAUAAAAGGGCGUACUGUAUAUCUGA